AUGGUUUUGCUUUUGUCGCUGCUGUUAGCGAUGACGAUGGCGGCUGGUGGCGAGGGAGAAACGACAGGAUUGAAGAUGUUACACGCAAGCACUGUCAACAGGUGGACCAGUCGAGGCUGCCAGCCGAAGUCAGCCAAGGGCGAAGGAAUGCCAUGGGCGAAGCCUUCUCUUGCCAUGCUGAGGGCUGUGUGGAAGGAGGAUAGACGAGUUGAGGCAACAAGAGAUGUCGAGUCAUCAAGAAGCUCGUUAGACAUGGGAGUUCUACUUGAUAAUGGUGUCUUGUACCGCAACAAAGUGAUAUCAUCCUCUGACUUCAGAUGCCUGAGGCUGCUCGGUGGGGGUCCAGGUGAACAGAGGUCUACCAAGUCGACGGGAGCGAAAGUAGAGGAGGAGGAUGGGAGCUACUGUGGAGUAGGAAGCAUUUUCAGCUGUCUUUGUCGAUGGAUCAAAGGGAAGCUGAUGAAACACCAAGACAAGCAGAUCGUUCGUGAGCAAUCCAGCACGGAGAAAAAUUCCAAGGCAGCAUUGAACCUAUUGCUUUCCACAACAGGAAUCCUGGCUCUCCGCUCCAUCCUCCAUCCUCCAUCCACUUCUCCUUCAAGCCUACAGCUGAUGAACAUCCACGGCAAGGGGAGAGAAGGAAAGCAGGAGAGAAGGACAUUCUUGGAGAACUGCGUUCGUUCUAGGGAGCUGAUGGAGCGAGCGCUGGAGGACGGAAAGGUGGAGCUUUCACCCCGAUAUGUCUCCUCCUUUGGUAUCAUAACUGGUAUGCUCUGGGCUUCUGUGUGCGGAGAGAUCUUCUCGAGCUUGCUGCCUGGCCAGGGGGAGGAGGAGGGAGGAGGAGGAUAG